GAAAAUGGGAAAAGGCUGGUGUAGUGGCAGUUACGAGACUGGAAACCUACCAACGAACUUCAUAACUUCCUCCCUAACCCCCCCUUUCUUCCCCAAAUACCUCUUUCAAAUCCAUCCAGUACAGCACUACCCAGCUUUUUCCCUUUCGUUUAUGUCAGACACCAGUCGACGGCGUCGAACUCCAAGGAGUGGGAUCGCUCAGAGGCACAGCAUCAGGCCGCCACAUCCCUCACCGUCGCCCAGACGGCUCUCUCCUCUACCUCCGCCUCGCCGAUUAUCCACCAAGCAUCGAUCCAAACCCAUUGAGAUCUUUAAGCGAUGCUCAUCUGAACCCAAUAUAUUGGCGAGUAGUAGCAGGAGUAGCGAUGAUGAUGAUGAUCAACAGGAACAAAAGAUUCUUUUCGGGUCCGAGUCUGAGAGGAUCUUGUAUACUCAGACCUGUGCAGACAUCUUCGGGUCUUCUUCUUCUUUGCCGGGAUUAUCUCUUCAUUCUCUUUCUCUGCGUUCUGAGGGAUACAAUAAAGAUGCGAAGGUUGUGAUAAAUGUGUCCGUUGAAGCAAGUACAGGGCCAAUUAGGGCUAUGGUUAAAUUGGGAUGUAGCGUUGAGGAGAUCAUCAAGCUUGUUGUUAAAAGGUAUAGAGAUGAAGGACGGACUCCCAAACUUGAUAAAGAUGAAGCAUUUGAGUUGCAUCCUUCUUAUUUUAGCCUUCAAAGUUUGAAUAAAAGUGAGAGGAUAGGAGAUGUGGGGAGCAGAAGUUUCUUCCUUCGGAGGAGUGGUAACAAAGGAGCAUCAAAUUCUUUAGUUUCAGAAACGUGUAUUGGGGUGAGACCACAUUCGGCUGCUCUGCCCAUGAAUCCACCACCAUUCUUCUUAUUCUCAUCGUUUAUUGUCCGCAAAGUGAGAAAAAUAGUAAGAGUAACCCACAAAAUUUGGAAAGUCUUGAUCUGCGAAAAAUAAUUUUUGUUUUUAUUUUAUAAAGAUAAAAGAGCAUUGCAGUGUAUUUACUUGUGUUGCUCUUAAUAAAUUUGAUUUCGAAUUCAGUAUUUUUA